CGCAUUAUGGGUCAAAUGAAUGUCACCUUGAGGACUGAACCAGACUCAAUUCACUUUAACUCAGCCGCGGUGUUUUUAUUUCUAUUCAAAAAAGAAUAUGCCCCCUUACUUGCAUUUUACUCUCAUUAUAAAAAAGGAGCAAGUGAACAUCGAAUGUCUACAAGUGAAGAGUCAUCUAUUCAAACAAAUCGUACCUUAGAAGUUGACUCUGAUAAAGACCUCGUCAUACAAUCCUUACAAGAGUCACUUCAAAUUCAUAAAGAAAUUCUCGAGCGUAUUCAAAACGAAAAAGAUACAUUUCGACAGCAAGCAGAGAAAGAAAAACAAGAACAGAAAGAAGCCUUUGAUAGAUGGAAAUCAGAUGCAGAACAAGCUUUAGAAGAAGAGGAAAGACAUUGUAUAGAGCUGGAAGAAAGUAUUGCAGCUCUAAGAAAGGAGCUUGAAGCAAAGAAGGAAGCAUAUCAACAGUUGGAAAUCAACUUUUAUUCAUAUGUAAAGACAAUUCGUGUUACAGACGAUGACCUUUCGACAAUCCAACCUGAAAUAUCUCAUUUAUUAAGCCAAUUGAACAAUACAUGUAUGGGCCUUAAAUCCAAAAUGGACCGUAAAGCAGGAACUGAGGCAGUUUACCGCUUGUUUCCUGACAAGAAAGACUUUAUUCAGCGUUACAUGACACCUGUUGAUGGUGUAAUGGACGCAUCCUAUAUUACUUUAUUUGUAGAAAAGUAUCUCAUCCAAAUGUUACUAUUACAUGUUAUGGAUGUACCUAUUCAACUGGGUGUUUCCAUUAAUGAUGCUUUUCAAGAAUUACAUGACUGGAUGGAGACAAGGAACAAGGAAUGGUCGAACCGGUUGAGACAGCAAGUGUGUGCAUUAGUAAUACAACAGCCAGGAGCUGAAGAAGAAGAAAGGAUCCAGAAAGCCAAACAAGAGCUAUUAGAACGUAUCAUUACUGAUUUGGGUGACGUGUAUCCAUCAUUAAGACAGGACCCAAAAAAAAUUGAAAAUCUGAUUACACGAUCCUUAAAACUGAAUUUGGCUGUCAAAGGACAAGAGAUCAAAAUAGAAAGGCUUCCAAUUAUAGAAGGUGAAACACAAUUUGAUCCUGCUUCAAUGAAAGCAACAGCAAAGGGUAAAUCAGAUGGUGUUGUCGGAUUGACAAUAACACCGCCUUUUGUUGCAAGAGAUGAAAUUGACAAUGAACAUGGAUUUACUGUACCUGGCAAAGUAUUUUGUAUUGAAUCAAACAAUGAAACCGUUCAUAAUGAAUCUAUUGAAGAACAAGAUAAUCAUUCAGAAGAUAAAAAAGAAGAUAAAGUACAGUCUAUGGAUACCGAAGAUGAUGAAUAAGGAGAAUAGCAUUUUGAAUUCAUUUUAAACAUUUUAUCGCAUUAAAUUCAUUUUAAAUAAACAAACACUACAUUAUGAUUUUGUAGCUUCACCACGCAAAAGAAAACGAGUCACAGUGUUGCACAAG